AUGCGACUAAGCUCAAGAAUUGACGCCACAGCAUCACGAGUGCAGACAGCUGUUACAAUGAAACAGGUGAAAAAAAGAUUUAGGAGUUAAUGAACCAGAACUAAUAAACCCCAACCACUUUUUUCUGCUUUGCAUGUGCACCGGUAUGCAAGUUGUAUUAAGUACUGGCAUCAGAAAAGGUUUUUCAGGGCUGUCCGUAAGAUUCAAGUUUUUGGGUGCUAGGUACAACAAGCAUAGGAGAAUCAAACAGCAUGAAAUUUCUUUAGUUUGGUUCUAUUUUUCUUCCAUUCUCCUAGCCUGGGAUUCAUUGGUUCAUUUUAUUUCACACUAUUUAAGUAAAAGUUCACAGAUUUAAGUUACAGAUUGCCUUGAAUAGUUAAUAUUAAAUAAGAUACAAAUCUAAAACAGAGUCAUGAGUAAAAAAUUGAAUGUGUGUGAUGGCCAAAGUAGCAUUUGCUUUCGAGUUGGCCACCACCUUCUUUGGAAUAAACAAAAACACACUGAGCUUAAUAAACAGGGAAUCAAAAAGCCUAAGACUAGCAUAAUAUUACUUGGAACUAAAUGAAGGCCCUUGGAUUUUAGGAAUUGCAAAAUACCAAGUGUAAAAUUUGUGUGUACAUAGAUGUUUUUUACAGUACAUAAUCAUUUGUAACAGUCUUCACUUUUUUCUAUAUGUGUAACAUUAGGUGACUGGGUCAAUGGCUGGAGUUGUAAAGUCAAUGGAUUCAGCUAUGAGGUCCAUGAACUUAGAAAAGGUAGGUUUUUGUUUUCCCCCUCUUUACAGACCUUCUGUUGUUCUUCUCGUAAGAGAUCAUGGAGUAUUUUUUAAGAUACAGGGCUCCUACAGAGACCAGCCUUAGAGCUGAAUGGGCUACCCCGUGUAAAUAAAGUUUUACUUUACUUAACUUUACUGUAGUGUACAUGUGGAAAUAAUAACCAUGGGGGAAUUUAUUGACUGUUAUCAAUAGUGGGUGGGGGUGGUAAAUGAGAAAAUAGUUGGUAUGUGGAAAUUUUUUCUCAUGCUUUGCACUCGUUCUCCCAUGCUCCACUCACUUUUGCAUGGACACAGUUUAAGUUUAAGUUUAAUGAUGCUUUUUACCACUGUACAAAGAUAUACUAGAAAUAAUAAAAACAAUCAUCAUAAAAACUAUAUAUAAAAGUACAGUAAGUAAAAGAAAGCAAUAGGGGGAAACUGAAUUUCAUAUAAAAACUGCUCCAAAACUAAAAGAUAAAUACAGUUAUUAAAAAUAGAGUAUUUAAAAUAUACUGUAGAUUAUGUAAGGAAAAAGAAACUAGAGGUUAGUAACUACUUAAACAAUUAAGAAAAAUAAGAAAAUCCAGAUAUAGUAAGAAAUAAUGAAGUAAUCGGGUUGUAAAAGAGUUCAAACUGGAAGCUGACAUAACAGAGUUAGGUAAAGAGUUCCAGUCAUUAACUUAACGUUUAAAAAAUGAAAAUUUAAAAUAGUUUAUCCUUGCUGCUCUACAUGUAGGCCUGAUUUUAAAGUUAUGGUUCUAUUCACACUUGCCAAAUAUGACUCUUCGAUCCCCCUCCAAAGGAAAAGAAAAAAAUCUGCACAAACAAUCUAUCUUUGUCAUUAUUCCAAACACUGUCUUGCUUUUAAGCUAGAAAUCUUGUUAGCUAUCCAAAGUAAAACAAAAAUUUAACCUUAACAGUUUUUUUAAUGAUUUUUUUCUUCAGAUUUCUGCUUUGAUGGACAAGUUUGAGCAGCAGUUUGAACAUCUUGACGUUCAAUCAAGCUACAUGGAACAGGCCAUGAGUGACACUACAACACUCACAGUGCCACAGGUGGGGCAACAAUUUUUUUCAACAUGUUUUGUUUACCAGAAGACUGCCUGGGUACCAGCCAAUGAUAUUACUCAAACCAUGUUUUGAAUAUUUUUCCUUUGUGUAUGGUUCAUAUAACAAAUUAUGCAUAGCCUAGCUUUGUGUAGCCAUACACACAUGAACUAACAUAAUAUUAUUAUGCAUAACGUAUGCAGCGCAGUUGUUAGACUGAAAAAAUUAUCAAGACGUGUUGCAGCAGUAAUUUAAGAGUGGAACGCGAGUCCUAAUUACUGACUGACAAAAUAUUCAAGAAUGUAAAAAGUUGAUUCUUUCAUGUAGGUGCCAUAAGCUUAUGCAAUUCAAGAAAACAUUUUUUAACAAAUGUUCCUUUUCCAAGCUAGAUUCACGAGUUUGUGUAACUAGAGGAUCUCCAGCCUAGUCUUGUGCAUCAUCAAGUCUUACAUUAUUUUACAUGUAGAUAAGAUGCUUUCCCUCUUAAGUCUUUCUUUAGCCAUGCAUGCAAGUAUUAUUACAAUAUGUUCUAAUAAUUUUAUCCUGCAUUCAAUGGCAAGCAAAUCUUUACCAUACUUCAUUUACACAUGCCAUAUAUAUUAACAUUAUUUAACAAGUGCUGUGGGAACAUUACACCUGUAUGUGAAAGUACAUUAGCACAUUCAUCAGGUCCCAACGACAUUGUACAAUAAUAUUGUGUAAUGUAGAGUUCCAUCAAGGGAGUAUCAGCAAUACUUAUGUACGUAUACCUGUAUCUAGCAAUGUGGAUCCCUUGAACUGUAAAUGCAUUGUUUACCAAAAUCCUCUGAUUGUACAUCAAGUUCUUGGCCUGUGGACGUUCUGCGUGUGCAAUUAUGUCACUUACCAGCAAACUGAUAUUCAGGAUCAGUCGUAAUCAAGUGCUGAUUUGCAUUUUAGGGACAAGUGGAUAAUCUCAUGCAACAAGUAGCAGAUGAAGCAGGGUAGGUAACUAGUAGGAGCUAUCAUUAACUAUCAUUAAUGUUUUUGUUGUGUAGCUAACCUUAGCCUGUUAUAUAUUUUAGACUACUUUCAGUCCAUCUUAAUUCUCCAAAGGUCUGUUGUAUUUUCUAUACCAGCAAGCCCUUUUGCAAAACAAUGUGGUUAAAUGAGAAGAGGUUAUGGUGUGCUUUUCCUUAUCUUGUCGUAGUGCUUCUUAUCUCUUUUUUUUUCUGAGUUUUUUUUAGUAGGAUCAAUAAAUUUUUCAAGAGAGAAACAGUUUGAUCUAUUCUAGAGAUACUGACUUUUUCCAGCCUUAAUACUGGUAGCUGUGAAAAUCCCAAGUUUUGUGUCUGAGUAGCAAUUAUAUCAAGCCCCAGUUUUUCAAAUGGUGAAUAGCGCUAUCCACUGGAUCAAUCUCUAUCCAAUAGAUAACGCAAUUGAUUUUGAAAAAACAUUAUAUGCUGAAUAAUGUUUUACCUGGUGGAUAGCACCAUCCAGCAUUUGAACAACCUGGGCAAGAACAGAUUAAAGACUACAAGCAACUUGGAAACCCAUUUUGACUUUUUUGUCAUUAUUUUUUUCUCUUUCAGGCUGGAAUUAAAUAUGGAGCUCCCUGCUGGACAACAGCAACCAAUUGGAACAGCUUCUGCAGCUUCUGCAGAGCAGGUAUUAAAUUAUGUUAAUAUUGAUACACUUAGAAGAAGCUUAAUCAGUAAGAGUGGUAAUAACCCAUCUCUCGUUGAUCCCCAUCACUGGGUACAUGUACAAUAAUUAUUUUACCUCUUUGUUUGCACCUCAAAAAUUCUGUGCUAAUUAUAAAUCUGUCCAGAAUCUGAUGAAAAGCUCUGAUUGGUUAAGGCAAUACUCUUUCAGCUAAUGUUUACAAAUGACCACCCUGCCAGCAGAACUUUUGUUUGGCUCAUUUGAUUUUGGUGUACUCGAGAAAGACUCAGCAUGAACAUCAAGUAAGGUCUUUGUUGAGCAUGCAUGGCACGUUUCUAGGAUAUAGCUUUGAAUCCAGGUCUAAUAACGAUGUGCUUGCUAUAGUGAGUUUGGUUAUGACCAUUGGUCUAUCGAUUAACAGAUGGACUCGGACUCGAAAAAAAACAUUUUGACGAUAGAAAAUAAGAUUGACUUGUCCAGAAGUUUUGGCGGUGGCAACUUCAAAAGUUUGACAUGAUUCAGCCAAAACCUCCUUUUCUCCUCCUCACUCAAGAAGACAAAAGGAGACUCUGCUCUGCGCGGGGUGAUGAAUGAAGGACAAACCAUCAAAACAUAAAAGGCACCAAAUUUACCAGAAAGGGUCAUUUUGUGGGAAUAAUGAUUAUAUUAAUUUUUUGCUCAGUCUACAAGAAGUUUUUCAGUUUUACUCGCACCAAAUUUGCAGUUGGACUUAACAAUUAAUUCAACUUAAUUAAAUUAACAGACACUCCAACAUAUUUUACCUUCCAUUUUGAAAUUAGAUUUCUUAAAGCUGAUCAAAGAUAAAUAUGUUCACUUGUACAUGAAGCAGAAAUACAUUAAGUUGAAAAAAGAUUGUUAAUGAGGUUUGUUUUUAUUUUUAGGAUGAGCUGUCACAGAGGCUUGCAAAACUACGACAAGCUUAA